AUGAAAGAGCAUGUGAAGGUAGUGACCUUAAAGAGUGGAAAGAACCUCAUAGAGAGUGAACCUAUGAAAAAGUCUGUUGAACCCCAAGACCUAAUUGAGAUGGAGGUCACAACAUCCAGUUCAGAUAUUGUCACACCCACCUUAAAAGAUAAGGGAAAAUCAAUAGAAAUAGGACCACUUCCUAAGAAAGCAGACUUUCCCUUGUUAUUUCCAAAUGAAGGCAAAAAGAAGGUAUCAUUYCAGAAUGAUAUUGGAACAUCUUCUUCUGAAAGUAACAAGAAUGUUGAGUCACCAGUCCCUCAUAGUGAACCUAUCAUCAUCCAGGAACCCCCUAGUCAGUCCUCUAAAAAACCAGUCAUAGCUCAUAUUCCUCCUUAUAUACCUUUUCCACAAAGAUUGAGGAAUCAGAAAGAGAAGUUGCAGUUCAAGAAGUUCUUUGAUGUGUUCAAACUGUUACAUAUCAACAUCCCGUUGGUUGAAGCUAUUGAACAAAUGCCAAGUUAUGCAAAAUUCCUCAAAGACAUUUUGAGCAAGAAAAAGAAGUUGAACGAAUUUGAGACUGUAGCCCUAACAAAAGGUGGGAAUGAAAUUGGAAAGGCUUUAUGUGAUUUAGGUGCCAGUAUUAACCUCAUGCCCUUGUCAGUAUUCAAUACCUUAGGCAUAGAUCAAGUCUUGAGAAGAUGCAUUCCGAAAACAGAGGUAACAAAAAUCUUGGAAGAUUGUCACAAGGCAUCAUAUGGUGGCCAUUUUGGCGGACAAAGAACGACAGCCAAGGUAUUACAGUUUGGUUUCUUUUGGCCAACACUUUUUCAAGAUGCUCAUAAUUUUUCCAAAAGAUGUGACGAAUGCCAGAGAAGUGGCUCAAUUUCCCAAAGGAAUGAAAUGCUUUUAAAUAGAUAUUUGGAGGUUGAAUUAUUUGAUGUUUGGGGAAUUGAUUUUAUGGGACCAUUUCCUCCAUCUAAUAAUUGCCAAUAUAUUUUAGUCGCCGUUGACUUUGUGUCAAAAUGGGUGGAAGCAGUGGCAUGUGUUUCAAAUGAUGCAAAAACCGUGGUUAAGUUCCUCCACAAACAAAUAUUCUCAAGAUUUGGCACCCCAAGAGCACUAAUCAAUGACGAGGGUACUGAUGAGCUGAAAUCGUAA